UCACUCGCAACACUUGGUGUUUGCCUGUUCGCUCGACAGGUUAUCGAAGUUCGCGAAAGUAGUUCGAAUCAUACAUUUUUUAAUUUAUUUUUAUUCAAUAUUUUAUAAUAAAAUAUUUACUGACAUAUUUAUUUGAAUAUGGCUUCCUCGGCAAGAGUUUUGUUAAAAGUACGAGAUGCAUUCAUUACUGGCAUUCGUGCGAAUUCACAGUACAACCAAACUCGCCUCAAUCUGCAGUUGACGGCAGACUCUCGUGUUAUUUGCCAAGGCUUUACAGGCAAGCAGGGAACCUUCCAUAGUCAGCAGGCCUUAGAGUAUGGAACAAAAUUAGUGGGUGGUAUUUCACCGAAAAAAGGUGGCACAACUCAUCUGGGUUUACCGGUUUUUGCCAGUGUAGCUGAUGCUAAAAAAGCAACUGAUCCGCAUGCUACUGUUAUUUAUGUACCACCACCAGGUGCAGCAGCUGCUAUUAUAGAAGCACUUGAAUCUGAAAUUCCUUUAAUUGUUUGCAUAACAGAAGGUGUACCUCAACAUGAUAUGGUCCGAGUCAAACAUGCCCUAUUGACACAAAACAAAUCACGUUUAUUAGGUCCAAACUGUCCCGGAAUUAUUGCACCAGAAAGAUGUAAAAUAGGAAUUAUGCCUGGUCACAUUCAUAAGCGCGGAAAAAUUGGUGUUGUGUCCAGAUCGGGCACUCUUACUUACGAAGCUGUAAACCAAACUACUGAAGUUGGACUUGGUCAGACUUUAUGCGUAGGCAUCGGUGGUGAUCCAUUCAACGGCACUGAUUUCAUUGAUUGUCUCGAAGUUUUCUUGAAGGAUCCCGAAACUAAGGGUAUUAUUUUAAUUGGUGAAAUUGGUGGUGUUGCUGAAGAAAAAGCUGCUGAAUAUUUGACACAAUAUAAUACGGGUAUUAAAGCUAAGCCAGUAGUAUCAUUUAUUGCUGGUCUUUCUGCGCCGCCCGGCAGAAGAAUGGGUCAUGCUGGUGCUAUUAUAUCAGGCGGUAAAGGUGGUGCUGGUGAUAAGAUUAAGGCACUAGAGAAAGCAGGUGUAAUUGUUACUAGAAGUCCCGCACAAAUGGGUAAUGAACUCUUUAAGGAAAUGAAACGUUUGGAACUUGCCUAGAAUCCAAUAAAAUAUAUAUAAAAUUAGGCCAACAAAACACGAAAUGAACUACAAAUUAAAAAAUAAAAUGUCACAUUUUUAUGUCAUUAACAUUAAUAUUAUGUAUUAUAAGUUCUCAUUAUUUAACAAUGUCGCUAAAAUUUCUUUAAAUUGAUUCCGUACUAAACUGCCAAGCAUAUAUGAGCCCUAGCAAAACACAAUAUAAAUUAACAAUUUAGUUCCACCGGAUUUGAAUUUUUGAUUUUGAUAAGAUGUGAAGUAGUUUUUUAUUCGUAAUUUAAGUAUAUUUUGUGGGGUAAAAUAAUGUUACAUUGAAUAAUUUUAUAAAAAUUGAAUUGUAUAUUAUAGUUAUAAAUAUUUAAAAAAUUUUCUUGCACCAAAUUAACUAUGAAUUUUAAUGUAUUGGCUGCACUUUAUCGAUAUUACCAAAAGUAAUAGUUUAUAAGAGAACCAACUCGAAACGGAAUAUCCAAGCAAAAACAAAAACA